AUGAGACGUCUUCCACCACAAAAAACUGAAGAAAACCUUGUACAACUCGUAGAUCUUGUGCCUCACCUUCAUGAAGAUUUAAUAAAUGCUGUUGACCAACCUUUAAAAGUUGGUAGAUGUAAAAAGGAAGGAAAGGAUUAUAUUUUAUGUGCUUUCAACAGAGAUGGAGAUUCAUAUCGCUCUCCUUGGUCAAAUGAAUAUGAUCCGUAUAUCAAUGAUGGCAUAUUACCAUCUUCAAAAAUACGUAAAUUAGAAAUAGCUGCCAAUGAGGCAUUUAAUACAUAUCGAGAAAUGUACUAUGAAGUUGGUGAUGGUGUUCGUAAAAUGAAAGGUGUAUGGGACUCUAUUCAUGUCUUUAAAGCGAACGAACGUAGUCGCAAAGCUCAAUAUAAAUUAACAUCCACUGUCAUGCUUUAUACAAUUACAAAUAAACCUGACCUUGGAAAUAUGAAUUUAUCUGGAAGUAUGACAAGACAAUUUGAAGCAGAAUAUCCAUUUGAUGAUCCCUCGGCACACAUUGUAAAUAUUGGUCGUAUGGUCGAAGACAUUGAACUCAAAAUGCGUAAUUUGCUUCAAGAAGUUUAUUUUAGUAAAACAAAAGAUAUAGUUAAUGGUUUACGUUCGGUAAAUUCUCUUGUUGAUGCUCAAAAACAAAUGAAUGUUCAAAAGGAAUUGGUUGGAAAGUUAUUAGAAAGAAAAGCAUGA